UCUGAUUAGUUAUUAUUUAUUAUUUAUACAUAAAAAAAUCGUCUGUGAAAAUUUUUACAUUCCAAGUAAAAUAACCCAUGUCACUCCAUAGCAAUGAUUGAAAUACAUCAGAUAUUUAAUUUUUAGCGAUGUCACUUUACAUUCUCAGUGGAUAUACGAUGAAAACAUGGAUUUCUUCUUUACGGCAGGUUCUUUGGAUCAAUUGUUCAAAAAGCUGCAAGUCCAGGCUGCUGUUGAAAGAGCAAAGAGAUCGAAUAGGCACACUUUGAUCCUCACAUCUUUUGAUAUAAACCAUUUCCCAAAAGGCAUAUUGGAACUGCAGUACCUCUAUAAGCUGUGCCUGUCGAAAAAUGCACUUGUGUCCCUUCCAGAAGAAAUAAGCGCAUUAGAAAAUCUUGCAAUUCUAUCAGUUAGCCGCAAUAAACUCGCCUGUCUCACAAAAGGCCUAUUCUGCAUAGAAUCUUUGAGGAAACUGAACUUGAGUCAUAAUCCGAUCAGCGUCUUACCCCCAGAAAUUGGGCAGUUGGUCAAUUUGGAAGUCCUGUGGCUGAACAGGACCGGUCUACGAUGUCUUCCACCCGAAAUUAAAAACUUAACACAGUUAGACACUCUAGGUGCUCGAGGGAAUUUCUUGAGUGAGUUGCCACACGAUUUAUACCAAUUACAAUCGCUAAGGUGGUUGACUCUGAGUGGGAACCAGAUCAAACAGCUAUCAGAAACAAAAUGGAAUAAUCUGAUUCAUUUGAAUAUGUCAAAAAAUGAGUUUGUGGAAUUGCCUGCAUCACUCCUUGGAAUGGAGAAGUUGAGAUACUGCUUUUUUACUGGCAACCCGUUGAAGAUUGUGUCGCGUCAACUUUUGAAAGGAUUGGCGCAUUUGGCUUUGCUGGAUCUCAGAGACUGUGGUGUUGUCAAUGUAAACUUAGAGAAAUUUAUAUUUGUUGAGUUGAAAAAAGAAAGAGAGCUGGAAGGAGACAGCAGCGAGUCCGACGAAGACUGGCUGGAUUCCGUCAAUUCAAGUGAGCUAGAUUCAUCGACAGAUGAACAAGAAGACAUUCCCGAUGCAAUGGACAAGCUUGUGUUGGUUCCUUUCAUUUCAAAAUAUGCUCAAGGGUGCAGUAAAUAAAAAUCUGAUAAAGUAUUAAA